AUGACCUCGCACACCAGAGCCCACGACAAACAUUCUUUCUGCAGCCUCUCCGGCAACUGGUCCUGCACUGCCUCCAUCGCCAAUUUCUCCGGCAAGCGCGUGCUCGGCUCCAACCACGGCUGGCUGGCCAUGGCCGACCCCCUCACCGACGAGUGCCUCCUCUGGAACCCGCAGAUUGCCAAGAAAAUCCUUCUCCCCCCACUCCGCAAGUCGUCUCGCUACAACAGAUGCGUCCUCUCGAAACCCCCUACCGAGCCGGGCUGCCUCGCCGCCUUUAUCUGCUCGUGCGGCUUCAAACUGUCCGUGUGCGUGGUCGGGGCCCACGAGUUUGCCAAGCAGUGCCUAAGGAAACUUCCAAGCAUUAUCUUUAUGGUGGCCAUCGGCGCUGUCCACGGACAAAUUUACGGCGUCGUCUUCUCCAUGCGCGACGGCUACCGGCUCGUGACAGUUGGUCUGGUCGACGGGACAACCAUCAUGAUCGCGCCGUUAACGUCGGCCGACGGGUCGGGCCUCUGGAUACCGCCCCUACCGGACCCGAGAUGGACUGGCCUGCAUCCCAGCUACCUGAUCGAGUCGCCAGCUGGCGCGGGCAAGCUAUUAUUCCUGGUUGUGAAGGUGUUCUUAUCUGAAAAUUAUGAGGAGGAGAAUGCCAUGGUGUUCCAGGUUUUCCGAGUAGAUGUGGAGCGGAGGGAGUGCGUGGAACUCGACCGAAUAGAUGGGAUGACGAUUUUCAUCGCCUCGUGCGGUAAUGGGUUCUGCCAUUGGUCCACCUUUGCUGGAGGAAGCAAACCGAAUUGCAUAUACUAUGCCAACAAAGAGGGUCGGCUCGUUUAUGUGUAUGAUUUGGGGGACAGGAGCACAACUCCGCUCUUGCUGUGCCCCGAUGCAAAGCAACUUGGAUCGACUAACUAUUGGAUCGACCUCCCGGAGGUCAGUCUCGAGUAUUAA